GAACUGAAGGAGUGGUGUCAGACUGCAUCUUGCUGUCUAAAGAGGUGAUAUUUCACAAUGAGGCGUGCCGCAGCUUUUCUGGUGUUGCUGCUCUGUCUGUACUGGACGAGGGCUCAGGGUGUGAGUGGAGGGGUGACAGGGAUUGAUAUCACUCAGACGGAGGUUCAGUCUGAGAUCCUGGGUGUCAAAGCAACCAGUGAUCAGACCAACAUCACCCCUGACAUCUGGGCUGAGCUGAAGGAGCUGAGAGACAUGGCCAUCACACACAGUGUGGAGCUGAGGAAGCUGGAGCAGGAGAAUACAGCUAUACAGGCCAGACUGACAGCCAGUGAAAGCAAGAUUGCAGACCGACCAAAGGUGGCGUUCUCACUUGGUCUCACUGAUGCUGGACAAGUUGGACACUUCACUACUGCCAUCACACUUAAGUUCAGUAAAGUCUUCACCAACUUUGGUCAGGCCUACAGUCCAACUACAGGUCACUUCACAGCCCCAGUCAGAGGAGCCUACUACUUCUCAUUCACUACAGUGGAUCUCCGGAAGCAUGUCCAAAGUGUUGUUACUCUCUAUCACAAUGACAAGAGACUGUUGUGGAAUGAUAAUGUCAAUGAUGAAACUGGCAAUACCAGACUUUCUAAUUCACUAGUUAUUCAGCUGGAAAAGGGGGAUGUGGUCUACAUGGUUUUAUAUGCCGGCUAUACUUUAUAUGAUAAUAGCAAUAAUCAUACUACCUUUAACGGAUUUCUGCUUUUUCCACUGUGAGACUAAAACGUGAGAAUUUCUUUACCCCCACAUUUUUGGCAUAGUCUACAAACAAGUCAUACCGUAUUCAUAUGUAUAUGAAAGGAUGCACAUUGUUGCUGUGUUGACUUUGCUCUGCAACAAACUACAUUUGAAAUAAAAGAAUGACUAUGAAGUUAAAGGGCUGACUCUGGCUUUAAUUUGGGGAUAUUUAAUAGUCAUUCUUAUCAAAUUGUGCUAACUUCUAGUCAAAUAAAUAAUGCCAUAUUAAUGUAUUGUUACUAGGGCCCUACUGAUCCUGGAUUUUGGAGCUGAUGCCAACAUAGUUAUAAGGGAGUAAAACAUUUCUGAUAUCCAUAUAUUGGCUGAUAAUGUUAUGUACAGAAUAUAUAAAUAAUCUUUUUUUUUUUUUUUGCAAUGAUCCCUCAAAUGUGAUUAUAAAACACUUGUGACAAAGAUAUGUAAUGUAUGCAGGACAUUUCACAGUUUAAUAAUAAACGUUAUUAAAUUCCCAGUGGUGAUUACUG